GCGAAUAUGCCCUUUCAAUUUUCUUUUGUUACCCUUCGUCUCUUUCUGCUCGACACCAUUUUUUUUCUUCUUUCUCGGCGAUGUCUUCGUCCGCGAUCCCGCGGGGACAGGUGGAUCUCGUUGAUUUCGUGGACUGGAGCGGCGUCGAGUGCCUCAAUCAGACAGGGAAUCACCCGAUUGCCAAUACUCUGAAGCAGGGUUACCGGGAUGACGAUGGUUUGCAUCUGGAGAGUGACGCUGACGAGCAGCUUUUGAUUUAUAUUCCUUUCACCCAAGUGGUUAAGCUGCACUCGGCUGUGAUCACGGGCCCGGAGGAGGAAGGUCCUAGGACAGUAAAACUCUUUGCAAACAAAGAGCAUAUGGGCUUCAGUAAUGUUAAUGAUUAUCCACCAAGUGACUCCCUCAGUUUAUCACCUGACAAUCUAAUGGGGAAGCCAGUCACAUUGAAGUACGUCAAGUUUCAAAAUGUUCGCAGCUUAACUAUUUUUAUCGAGGACAACCAUGGUGGUGGUGAUAUCACAAAAGUUCAGAAGAUUUUACUCUAUGGAACAACGGUGGAUACAACCAAUAUGAAAGACUUAAAAAAGAUAGAAGAUCAUUAAUUAAAGAUCUGCAUUUCCACCCAAUGAGAUGCAAAAGAUGAACAACGCUCUGUACCCAAAAGGAAUAUCAUGAAAUCGUAUGAGUUUCUACUUUGUAGGUUCUGCAGAAUGCUUUCCCCCCUUGCUUUUGGUAUUCCUCCAUGACGAUCUGAGACAAUUGAUUUUAUUUGUCGUAUGGUGGAACAUCAUUAACGAUAGUAAAUUUGCUGUCACAAUUUGAGGAAUAUUUGCCCCCUUAUGAUGAUA